AUGGCAAAGCUCAAGCAAGAGGUAAAGCUUGAGCAGAAGCUCAAGCAGAAGAUCGAGCAGACACUUGCACCGGCGAGUACUGAGGGUUUACACCAAACCUCGCAGGAAGAGGAGCUGGACGAAGACAUUGAGAACGAUAGAGCCUGGUAUACGUUGGACGAGCAUGGCUAUGAAAACACAAACUACGACUGGGAGGAUGAGGAGCGGGAAACGGAAAAACUCUUGGAAAGCCACCGAAUGCAUCUCAAGCAGAAAGAACGAAGCCGAGCCCGGAACUCUGACAGGCGCCUCGACAAUGAUCUCUGGGAGCGCAACCAGUUGCAGCUCUCGGGAACCGGUGGCAGCCGUGUGGAUGACAUUGAUGACGAAGAAGUGCCUAUGCAGAUCAGCACUCAUCAUUUGGUUCCGCCGUUCCUUGCCGAUGAACACGCCUCGGUGGACUCCUCAAACAAGUACUCCCCGGUGCGGGACGUGGAAUCCACCAUGGCGAUCUUUGCCAAACGGGGAAGCACUUUGGUGAAGGAAAGACGGGUCCAGCAAGAACGGAUCAAACAGGCAAAGAGUGCGGCGAGUGUAGUCGGCACGGUGCUAGGUGAGGUUCUAGGAAUAAGGGAGGAGGCGGCAAAGGCCGAGACAACAGUCAGUGUUGACGAACAAGAGGUGGAUAAUGUUUCUCGUGCGACGUUAAAGGAGCAACGGCGGUUCUUGCCCGCGUUUGCGGUGCGCAACGAGUUGAUGCAGGUAAUCAAUGAAAACCAGGUGGUUGUCGUGAUUGGUGAGACCGGCUCCGGUAAAACGACACAACUCUCGCAGUACUUGCUCGAGGAAGGAUACGGGCACGGGGAUGACCCUGUCAAGGGCCGAAAGAAGAUGAUUGGGUGUACCCAGCCCAGGCGAGUAGCGGCGAUGAGUGUGGCGAAGCGUGUGAGCGAGGAAAUGGAGGUAAAGCUUGGCGAAGAGGUUGGUUACGCGAUCAGAUUCGAGGACUGUACCACUCCCAGGACCAUUAUCAAAUACAUGACCUAUGGUGUGUUGUUGUGGGAGUCGUUGGCGGACCCUGUGUUAGAGAAGUACGCGGUGAUCAUCAUGGACGAAGCGCACGAGCGGGCUUUGAACACGGACGUGUUGUUAGGGCUUUUCAAAUCCGUGCUCCACAAGCGGAGAGACUUGAAAUUGAUUAUCACCUCGGCCACGAUGAACGCCGAUCGUUUUUCUGCCUUUUACAACGGAGCGCCGCAGUUCACGAUCCCGGGGAGAACCUACCCUGUGGACCUCUUCUACGCAAAGUUCCCAGCCGACGACUACGUGGAGGCGGCCAUCAAGCAGGUGUUGACGAUUCACUUGACAACAGACAUCACGGGAGACAUCUUGGUGUUUAUGACGGGUCAGGAGGACAUUCAAGCGACGUGUGACAUUCUCGCGGAGCGCUUGCUCUUGCUCGAUUCGCCACCUCCCUUGGAGAUCUUGCCGAUUUACUCCACCUUGCCGGCCGAUCUCCAGGCAAAGAUCUUCCGAAAAAAACUGAGGACCGUGGCAGGGCCGCGGAAGGUCAUUGUGGCGACCAACAUCGCCGAAACAUCGCUCACCGUAGACGGUAUCAAAUAUGUUGUGGACACCGGGUACUGUAAAAUGAAGGUGUACAACGCCAAGAUGGGCAUGGAUACGCUCCAGGUGGUUCCCAUCUCGGUCGCCAACGCUAACCAGCGGUCGGGAAGAGCCGGGCGUACGGGGCCGGGCGUUGCGUAUCGCUUGUACACAGAGCUGGCAACCCGUGAAGAGAUGUAUGCGCAGCAGAUUCCCGAAAUCCAGCGCACCAACUUGUCGAGCACCGUUUUGUUGCUCAAGUCAUUGCGGCUCUCCCAGAAAUUGUCUGAGUUCCCAUUUAUGGAUCCCCCGCCUGAAAUCUCCUUAAACACUUCGUUGUAUGAUUUGUGGUGCUUGGGCGCGCUCGACAACUUUGGCGAGUUGACCGAGUUGGGAACCAGGAUGGCGAGCUUUCCGAUGGAACCAACCUUAUCCAAGCUCUUGCUCAUAUCGGUGGGCUACCAGUGCUCCGAGGAAAUCAUCACCAUCGUGUCAAUGUUAUCGGUACCUAAUGUGUUCUACCGGCCAAAGGAGCGCCAGGCAGAGUCCGAUGCCAUUCGUGAGAAAUUUUUUGUCCCCGAGUCUGACCACUUGACGUUGUUGAACGUCUAUUCGCAGUGGAAGUCGCAAAAGCACUCCGACCUGUGGUGCCAACAGCACUUUCUCCACCUGAAGUCCUUGAGACGUGCCAAGGAUAUCCGCCAGCAGUUGAUUUCCAUCAUGAAGAAGCAGAAGUUGCCGGUUGUGUCCUCGGGAACGGAAUGGGAUACCAUUCGCAAGUGUAUUUGCUGCGGGUUCUUCCAACAGGCAGCCCGAUUCAAGAAGUUUGGCGAGUUCACCCAGCUUCGCAACUUGAUGGGCUUGCAUUUGCACCCGACCAGUGCCUUGUAUGGACUCGGGGACCUCCCGGGCUACGUCGUCUAUCAUGAAGUGAUGGUGACGUCCAAGGAGUACAUGAACACGGUGACCGCGGUAGAUCCCCUCUGGUUGGUCGAGUUUGGGUCUGUGUUCUACAGCUUGAAGAAAACGAAGAAGUUGGUCGAGUUUUAUGGCCAGGACUUCUUGGACGAUUUUGAAGGCAAGUUUAACAUGGAGAAGCAGAUGGUCAAAGAUAAGGAGGAGUACUGGCAAAGAAUCAAGAGCAAGGGUGCAAAGGUCACUGGGGAUACAGGCAGUUCGAAGAAGACAGUGGUCAAAGCAGCCGGUUUCCGAAGCAGAAGAGGGUUUUAG